AUGACAGAAAUUGAUAAUCUGACUAGUGUAGAAGAAAGCAAAACUACACAGAGAAAUAAGCAAAUAGCUAUGGGAAGGAAGAAAUUCAACAUGGACCCUAAGAAGGGGAUCCAGUUUCUUAUAGAAAAUGACCUGCUGCAGAACACUCCAGAAGACAUUGCACAGUUCCUCUAUAAAGGGGAAGGACUAAAUAAAACUGUAAUUGGAGAUUACCUUGGUGAGAGAGAUGAAUUUAAUAUUAAAGUUCUUCAGGCUUUUGUUGAACUCCAUGAGUUUGCUGAUCUCAAUCUUGUACAAGCCUUAAGGCAAUUCCUGUGGAGUUUCAGACUUCCAGGAGAGGCUCAGAAAAUUGACCGUAUGAUGGAAGCUUUUGCUUCACGCUAUUGCCUUUGUAACCCUGGAGUCUUUCAGUCUACAGAUACAUGCUAUGUGCUAUCAUUUGCAAUCAUUAUGUUAAAUACUAGUCUACACAACCAUAAUGUAAGAGAUAAACCAACAGUGGAGCGGUUUAUAUCUAUGAAUCGUGGCAUUAAUGAAGGUGGGGACCUUCCAGAAGAACUGCUACGGAAUUUGUAUGAAAGUAUUAAAAAUGAGCCAUUUAAAAUUCCAGAAGAUGACGGAAAUGAUCUAACACAUACAUUUUUUAAUCCAGACAGAGAAGGUUGGCUACUGAAAUUAGGGGGAAGAGUAAAAACAUGGAAGCGGAGAUGGUUUAUUCUGACAGAUAAUUGCCUGUAUUAUUUUGAAUACACAACAGACAAAGAACCUAGAGGAAUUAUUCCUUUAGAAAAUCUUAGUAUAAGAGAAGUUGAAGAUCCUAGAAAACCAAACUGCUUUGAGCUCUAUAACCCCAGCCAUAAAGGUCAAGUAAUUAAAGCCUGUAAAACUGAAGCUGAUGGUAGAGUGGUAGAAGGCAACCAUGUUGUGUACAGGAUAUCUGCCCCCACCCCUGAAGAAAAGGAAGAGUGGAUCAAAUCUAUUAAAGCAAGUAUCAGCAGGGAUCCCUUUUAUGAUAUGCUGGCAACAAGAAAGAGAAGAAUUGCUAAUAAAAAAUAG